AUAUGCAUUAUACAGGGGAAUUUGUGGCUAGUCGUUUGAGUGGCACGUGAAGUGAUUCUCUGUUUCUUUAGAAUUGGCUACAAAAGUGGAAGAUAAAUAAAAAAGUUCACCACUUUCGGAAUAAUUAAAGAAUAUAUCACUUCAAUGACAAAGUAUUUACGACUUGGUCACCAAGACGAAACAAUGGUCAACGAUCCGCCAACUUACAACAACGCCAUAACUGCAGGAGCUCCUCCACCUCCUGGUUUUGUUCCAACACCCUCAACGCACAAUGCAACUAUCAUUGUAAGUGGGCCGCCACAAGGUUCUUUUGGACCGCGUAGUAAGAUGACGGUAUGUCCUUACUGCAACAGUCACAUCAGCAGCAAAGUAGUUUCUAAUGCUACAACUAAGACUCACUUAAUUGCAUUACUGCUUUGCCUUGGCUUAUGUUGGUGUUGUGUGUGCUUACCGUAUUGUAUGGAUUCAUGCCGAAACCAAAAUCACUAUUGCCCAAAUUGCGAGGUUUUCUUGGGAACAUAUACCAACUAACGAAUUAUUAUUUCAUAUUUUUUUCAAAUAAGGAACGUUGGUAACUUAGUUGCUUAUGAAUAUUAUUGGGUAUUAUAGUUUAUAAGUUUUUUAGAUUAUUACUGCUGUUUUUUUUUUCGUAAAAUUUUUUAAUUGUAUUUGUACCAAAUAUAUUACAACUUACCCCGUAUCGUAUAUUGGAAAGCAAACAUGUUCGUAUAUUUUUACCAUGCCCCUACCGAAAGCACUAUAAAUUUCGAGUAUGAAAGGGCAACAUCUAUUCCUUCCGAGUAAGAAAUCGCAUUCACUUCUAAUUAAGAAAUGAUUUUACUAUCUUCCGCGUGGUUUCUAAUUUUUCCACAAUUACUACGCUUUUGGUGUUAAAAUAUAUUUCUGAUAAACAGUAAAUGCGAUUUAUCACCUGGGAGGUAGUAUAUCAAUUUCUCAUAACUAAAAUUCUCCCUCAGUAUAAUAGUAAUUUCAAGACCAGUGUUUAAGGAAACUAAAAUUUGCCUUCAAUAAUAUUGAUAUAUUUUUUUCUUUUACUUCUCCCUCCUCAUGGAAAUGAGGAUAGUUAAAUGAAUGAUGUCUUUUGUUAAAAUUUUUUUUGUUCAUUGGUGAUCGACCAAUUUGAAAUUGGUACUGAAACACUUCUAGCUAAACUUUCUAAAACAAAUUCGACAGUCAUAUGCAUUGGAUUUAUAUGAGUUUACAAUACAAGGAACGGGAG